AUGGCGUCGUGUGACUUAAAGUUUGUGAAAGUGAUGGCAGAAGGUCGAUUUUCGAGGAUAUAUGAGGCGUGGAGGGCGGAUAGUAGUGGAGUCGGUAGGAAACACGCCGUGAAGCUGUUUACCAGGUUUGAUCCAAAUAGGCUUGAGCAUAUUCAUCGUGAAGAGUACAUGUUGAGACGCAUCGCCACAGCAACCAAGCAGUCACCCUUCGUUAUCACCUACUUCGAGUCCAUUGAAUUGCGAGGUUACCCCGCUUUCCUGUUGAGUAGUGGUUGUGGAAAGGACCUCUUUGAUCUCGCAGACAAAUAUGGUGGAAUGUCAGAAGAACAGGCCAAAUUCUAUGCUUGUGAGCUCAUCUGUGGCUUGGAGCAUCUCCACUCAUUGGACAUUGUGCACUGUGAUAUCAAACCGGCAAAUGUACUCCUCUACCACACCGGCCAUAUCAUGAUCGCCGACUUCGAUUUUGCCAUGGACCAAUCAGAGCGUGGUGAUCCUAACUACAGAAACUAUGCUGGUGGAACGCCGGGCUAUGUAGCUCCUGAGAUUUUGAGGAGAAUCACUUGCACCAAGAAAUCGGAUGUGUGGAGUAUGGCUGCUGUGAUAGUUGAUUUAGUCACUCCCAGAAAUUUGAGGGUGACAUGGAGGCAAAAGGCUAGCAUGAAACCUGGAGAGUUUGAUGACGGUUUCCUGGCCAAUGAGUGGAAUCAAACUUCUCUCCUUCUCCUCUCUAUCCUCAUCCAAUCCACACUUCGUACCACUAAAAUGGGACAAAUUGUGUUGAUGAAAUGUUGGGCAGUCUCAAGACCACGGCCUCAAGGCGGUUUCUUCGCAGCCAAAGCCAUCAUCAGUGAAUGGAGCAGCGACACCACUUCAACAGGCACAGUCUCCAGAGACGCCUCGUUUAUUCGCAUUGUGGAAUGA